AUAAUCUUAAAAAAGGUAUGUAUACAUACAACUUUGAAUAACUAUCUAUACUGGAUUUUUAAGCAUUUCAUCUGUUAAUAAGUAUUAUUAGCCUUGAUCUGGUGCAUUUAUGUUUGUGUAUGUUGAAACUCUUGCAUGAAUAUUUACCAUCUUGCUUGUGUUUCUUUUUCCCAAAAAUACAUAUAUUACUUGUUUGUAGGAUAAUUAGAAUUAACUAUAGCUUAGUUGAGGAUUCUACUGUUAUAGGAAUGUGAUCCUAGCAGUGUCGGUGACCUAUGAAGGAAAGAAAACUCUGUUCUAAUAUAAGCUACCUCUGAACUAAUCUUACUAAUUACUUGUUAGAUAUUACAGCAGAAAAUAUCCUUUCAAUAUCAAGUAUUAUUAUACUAUGGGAAUCUUAAACAUCAAAGCAAACAAUGGUUUUUCACGCCACACCUCCAUGGGAAUCUUAAACAUCAAAGCAAACAAUGGACUCCUAUUUAUCAAAUAGACAAUAGUGAUUGCAGUUUCUCUCUAGAAGAACUUAGGAAAACUAGCUCCCAAUAACACACCUCAGCACGACCAAUUUGUUGAAAUGUAUCUGCAGUUCUUAUACCUUCUAUCUUACAAAGCUCAUUAAACUGCUCUGAUGCAAACUCCAAUUUGUUGUCAAUUCUAACCACUUGGAGUUUGGUUAUCUAUUGAUUACCGUUCAUGGUGUGCCCCUUUUGAAACAUCCCAACAAGCUCAGUUUUACUUUUCAAUAUAUAAAUACACACCCUUUGCAAGUAAUCCUCUAUGAUAGUAAGGAAAUAAGACUUUUCAACAUGAGUUUGAGCUCAUGUUAGACUCCAAUAGGUUAAAACGGUCUAUUGGACACAUGGUUACCAACCCCAAACUUCAAUAUAUGAGACUUUCGAAGUACACAAAACUCCAGCUUAUCCAUUAUAUUGCCUCCCAAUAGGUUUUGUUUUCCCAGCUCCACCAAACCUUUUUCACUUAUGUGCCCCAACCUCAAAGCCACAACUUUGUCUUGCAUCAUUUGACUAGGCACAGAUGCAUAUGCUAUCACUGGUAAACCAUCUAGUGUGUAAAAACCAUUCUUUUUCAUCCCCUUAGUAGUUGUAGAUGCUCUCUUUACAAUCUUUAUAGUACCGUGUUUAAUCUUAGUUGUCAAACCCAUUAGAUCAAACUGCUAGCUGGGCCACCAUCUUUCUUGAUUCUAUCAUCUUGGAUUGAUACAACUGUUGUUUUAAACAGAGUCUAUGUAUCAAAGAUUUUGUCAUUUACCAGAACUCAAGUUUUAUCCACAUUGACACAACAGUUCUCUUAGUGACUUCCUUGAAUGCCUUAUCUCCAAGACAUAAUUAUGGUGAUUCUAGCUUUGUUGAUCAUGUCAAUCUUCUCCUUCUUAGACAGACGUUGAUAUGUUUGCCUCCUUUAUUGCAUCAACACAUUUAUUGUAUCAAGAUAGUUGUCAUCUUGAUCCUCCAUAAUGCAAAGUUCACCAGAAAACUUCUCAAUGUCAAAUUUAGUGGUAAUUUCUUUGAAAUUUGUUCUUCAAAUUCUUUCCACUGACUGACUCUAUAGGUGAUGCCAAUUGUUGGGUUUGCACAAUGAUAACAAAGAAAAACCAUGAGAACAAGAAUAAAAAAAAGUAACUCUUAUAAUAUAAGGUUAUACAAAGAGUGAAUGAAUUAUCAACACGACAUACCCCACAGAGUAGCGUGUAUAACUAAGGACUAACAAAAACCUGUUGAGAUAGUUGAAACAAAAUAUUAUCUACAAUACAAGGGGUAGACAAUAGACUGUCUAACUAAAUCUUAAUACUACUAGACAUCUUUUAGAAGAUGGACCCCUAUGCUGAUGUAGAGUCAAUACAUCACAACUAUUAUUGUCUUGUUUAUCUUUUAUUUCCACAAAUAUAUGAUUUGACCAAGCGUGCUCUCCAUGACUUAAACUUAACAGGGAAAUCAUUUAGAUUUACGGCUUGUUCGGAACCAAUGGCUUUUAAUAGACCCCAAGAUACAUUUUCUAAUGUCAGAGGCAAAUGAAGAUAAAACAUCUGGAGACUUCAGAGAAAUGGGAUCACGGCUUGCCCAAGAAGUGAUCUCCUUCCUGAAAAAGAAGAUGGAUAAAGCUUCAAGAAGUGGAAACUUGAAGGAUAUCAAGCUUAGCUUUGUUGGUCAUUCUAUUGGGAAUCUCAUUAUCAGGACAGCCUUAACAGGGCUGUGGAUAUUGAAGAAGCUCAAGGGCACACAAUGCAUUCACCAACUUACAUUUACAGAUGACCCUGAUCUUGAAAAUACUUUCAUCUAUAAUCUUUCCAAGGAGAAGACAUUGGCUAACUUCCGGAAUGUGCUUCUUUUGUCAUCACCUCAGGAUGGCUAUGUACCGUACCAUUCUGCCAGAAUAGAACCUUGUCCAGCAUCUUCAUUGGAUUUCUCUAGAAGAGGGAAAAUCUUCAUGGAGAUGCUGAAUAAUUGCUUGGACCAAAUCCGAACCCACUCUGACGAUAGGGUGGUCAUGCGCUGUGACAUCAACUUCAACACCUCUUCCUAUGGCAGGAACUUAAACACACUUAUUGGACGGACAGCUCAUAUUGAGUUCUUGGAAUCUGACAUUUUUGCGAAGUUCAUAAUGUGGUCCUUCCCGGAGCUGUUUUGUUAGCAAAGAAGUAAUCUACUUGGAAUUCAGACAACUUGUUGAUUUAGAUAGACAGUGAAGUUGAGACAUACUUCAAGAACAUUGGAGCUGAAAGCAUGGGAUUGAAAUCAAAAACAGCUCACAGAUUCCAAUUCAAAGCCCAUCAGGGGCAUGUAGUACGCUUCCAACACCAUCCUCACGGUGUGACAAAUUGGUAAAUUUGAUCCCUCCAAAAAAUCCGGAUCAGGAAAAUGGAGGAAUUUGCGGAGCAAGAAAGAUGCAUGGGACCUUGGCCAUUGUAACAAGCCUUUUCUAUGUAGUU